AUGGCUGUCCCCAGACAGGCUCACUCUUCAUGUUACUGUCACACCAUCAAGGAGAAAUACAGCGACUGGACCGAGUUCCUCAUUCAGGACCUGACCGGCUCCAGGACGGCGCCGGCUAAUCUGCUGGAAGGGCCUCUCCGAGGGAAGAACACGGUGGAUCUGAUUGUUGAGGGCUCCGUCUUGGAGCUCCGGGAUGUUUCAGACCCUUCCCUUUACUGGCCUGUUCGGGUGGUUCGGAACAUCGGGGGCAGGCUCCAGCUGCGUUACGCGGGCCUGUCCGAGGAACAGCAGGCCCACGACUCCUGGCUCUUCUAUCUGGACGUCAGGCUCCGGCCCCUGGGCUGGGCCCUGGAAAACCACCUCGCCUUAGAGCCACCGACCGAUCUCAGGACUCUGCAGAGCACCGGCGAGUGGCAGCAGGCCCUGGAAGACGCCCAGCUCCACGGGCAGGCCAGUCCUCUGCCGCUGGAGGUCUUCAAGGACCACGUAGACCUGCCCAAGCACUCCUUCAAGACGGGCAUGAAGCUGGAGAUGGUUUCUCCGAGGGAGCAGCUCCAGAUCUGCCCCGUUUCUGUCACCAAGGUUUACAACGACACCUACUUCCAGGUGACGCUGGACGAUCUCUCUGCCGACGCCACGCCGCGCCCGGUGGUGUGUCACGCCGGCUCCCCCGGCAUCCUGCCCGUGCAGUGGUGUCUUAAGAACGGCGCCGCGCUGGAGCGGCCGCGGGGCUACGGGCUGCCGCAGGACUUCGACUGGGCCGACUACCUGAAGCAGAGCGGGACCGAGGCGGCCCCCGACGCCUGCUUUCCUGACACAUGGCAGCAUCGAGCCUUCAGCAAGGACAUGUGGCUGGAGGCGGUAAACCCUCACCGGCCGGCCGAGGUGUGCGUGGCUCAGAUCUCACAGGUCAGAGGACGCCUGCUGUGGCUCCGACUGGAAGGUGUGGCCAAGCCCCUCUCGGAGUUAAUUGUGGACGUCGAAUCCAUGGACAUCUUCCCUGUUGGCUGGUGCGAAGCUAAUGGCUACCCUCUGACCACUCCACUCAAACCUGUCUGCCAGAAGCAGAAGAAGAUAGCGGUUGUCCAGCCAGAAAAACAGUUGGCUCCGUCCCAGCCCGUCGAGGCGACCCCAGCCAACCACUGCCAGCCCGUCGCCAUGGAUCCAGGCGCGGCCAACGGGCGAUACUGCUGCUCCAAGAUCUACGUCAACCAUCGCUGUUUCUCGGGGCCUUAUCUCAACAAGGGACGCAUCGCCGAGCUGCCGCAGGCGGUGGGGCCCGGCAAAUGCACGCUGGUCCUCAAAGAGCUCCUGGGCAUGCUGAUCAACGCCGCCUACAAGCCCGGUCGAGUCCUGAAGGAGCUGCAGGAGCUGGAGGAGCAGACCUGGGACUGCCAGGAGGAGACCCUCAAAGCCAAGUACAAAGGAAAAACCUACCGCUCCACCAUCAGGAUAGUCCGCCUGGCCGACCAGAUCCCAGACUUCUGCCGCAAGGUGUGCGCCAAGCUGCAGUGCUGCCAGAACCUCCUAAGCCCCGUCCUCGUCACCGACAAGUGCCCCGAGAACUGCUCCGUUCAAACCAAAACCAAAUACACUUAUUACUACGGGAAGAGGAAGAAGCUGCUGAAGCCGGCGGGCGGAGGGGAGGCGGCGGAGGGGGAGCUGGCCAAACCGGCGCGGCGCAGGAAGAAGAGGAAAGCCAUCUUUGUGCAGAAGAAGCGGCGCUCGUCGGCGGUGGACUACACUCCCGCCGGCUCCCCGCAGGACAGCGAUGAGGGCGAGGAGGACGAGGACAUGGCCAUGCAGUCUGGCAGCGAGGGCACCAGCUCGGAGCCCCGGGACGAGCACACGGACGCCUCCUCGGUGGAGGUGACCGCCAGCAGCCGCCCCCGCCGGCUGGUGGCGCUGCGGCGGGCGGCCGGCGCCGGGAACGCCGCGGGAGGACAGGAAGCCCCGGAGGGACGCAGGAGGUCCACCCGCUCGUUGUCGGCCUACAGCCAGAACAACAACAAGUACCAGCCCGCAGGUGGACAGGACCUAAAGGUUGAGGAGGAGGAGGAGGAAGGUCAGCUGGUUUUGGACAGGAACCCGCUGGAAUGGAGUGUGGACGAAGUCGUCCAGUUUAUCAACUCCACUGAUUGUGCGUCACUGGCCAACAUCUUUCGGGAACAGGACAUAGACGGUCAGGCCUUACUGCUGCUCACCCUGCCCACCGUCCAGGAGUGCAUGGACCUGAAGCUGGGACCCGCCAUCAAGCUGUGCCACCAGAUCGAGCGCGUCAAGGUUGCCUUUUACAAACAGUACGCCAACUGA